CCGAAACAAACAAUUGUCCGAUAAUGAGGUAGUCCUAUCAUAAGUAUGCAGAACUUACGCGUGACAAGGACCGUUUCGUCUAAAUAGAUGCCCCGAAUUGAUAUCCCAAUUAAAAAUAGAUCAGGUUGUGAAUCAAAAACUAUUGACAAUCAUAUAUGAAGUGCAACACAACAUCUGGAGAAGUAUAUCACAAAUCACAUACCUCUCGUUUGAAGAGUAGAUUGAUUGAAUACGACCAGUUUUUGAGUGGUCAUUGACCAUUACGACACUUUUCAAUAUUUUUUCAGGCAUGAACUCCAGAAGAACAAAAGAAAAACUGGUUCAUAUAAUAAACGGUUAUUUGGAGAGAAACGGCAUCAUUGAAAAAGAAGCUUCAUGGGAAAUAAGAGAAUCUACAAUGGGAGGUUUUGGAAUAUUUGCUAAAAAAGAUAUCGAGGUUGGUGAAAUAAUUUUUCACGAUUUACCCAUACUUUUCGGACCGAGAUGUCAAGUAGGAACAACAACAACAACUUGUAUCGGCUGUUUUUCCAAUUCGAACCUGAACAAAUGUAUCAACAAAUGCGGCUUGCUUCUCUGCCAAACUUGCCAAAAUUCCCCAAACCAUUACAAAGAUUGUACCCUCAUCCAGCGAUUCAGAGACGGCCGUGAUUUGGGGAACAGUACCUCAGAAGUUACCAGAUGCCUGACUCCGCUAAGAUCUCUUCUUCUGAGCGAAGAAGACCUGGAAGUCGUACGAAAUUUGAAGUACCACUCUGGAAGACAACACGGCGAAGAAGUUCGAAUAAUAAAAGAAGUGUUGAAGUUAGACCUUUCCGAGGAAGUUCAAGAAUUUUUGAUGUUUGUGUGCUCCAUCAUGGAUGCGAACGCUUUCGAAGUUGUUGCUCAACAUGGAGAUAACCAAGUGAGCAUGAGAGGGCUGUAUCCUCUAGGUAGUUUGGCGAACCACCGAUGCUACCCCAACGCAACCCAUAUGUUUGACGAUAAACACAGGAUGGUGGUGAGAGCUUCAGUUUUUAUCAAGAAAGACACCGAAAUAUUUCAUUCCUACCUUAGACUCAUUUGGGGAACAAUAACGAGAAUGUUUCAUUUGCGAAAUACUAAACACUUCAUUUGCUCCUGCGAAAGAUGUGUCGAUCCUACAGAAUUUGGCACUUACAUGAGCGCCAUUUUGUGCGAAAGCUGCCGUGGAAACGUCAUCCCAAUCAAUCCAUUGAAACACUCUCAAUGGAGAUGCGAAGAUUGCCAAAAAGCUGUGCCACUGAAAGAUGUCGCCAGAGUAUUUUCAUUGAUUGGUUCUACACUGAGAGGUUUGGAUGACAGCGAUUUCAAGUACAUUUAUUCGUUUUUAACGAAAAAAUUGACGUCGAUGCUGCCCCAAUACGGUGAGGUCAUUGUCGAACUCAAGUACAAGAUGAUUUGGAUUUUGGGAUACAAGGAAGGAUAUCAAUGGAAAGAUUUAACAAUGGAUCUCUUGAAACUGAAGAGGGAGUACUGUCAAAACAUUUUGGACCUGCUGAAGAAGUUGAAGAUCGGGCAGUGCCACCUAAGAGGGCUUCUUCUGUACGAAGCAUAUCUAUGCCUUGAAGAAAUGAAACUGAGACAAAGUAGUAACGUAGAUGAAAAAGUCAGUGAUGAAGACUCAAAUGGAUACCUUGAGGAAGCUGCAGAUAUUUUGAGGUUCAGCGCUAGUGCUCCGGAAAUCAUAAGACAAAAAUGGCAAUCGAAGGGUCCGAAUAACAAUGACUGAAAAUUACAAAGAUUUAUUUAUUCAUUGCUUUGUAAUAAAAAAAUAAUGUAUUAAAGUUUUUUCCAAACAA